AUGAAUCGUCAAUUAACCAGAGAGGAGAUCCAGAAAAUCCUCCAGCGUUGGCACCAACUUCGGAACCAGUACGGUGAACAAGCAGUCAGCGUUCCCGAGUUUGCCCAGUUGAGCAAAAUCAUCAAAUAUCUCCAGCAGAACCAACUCCAAAGACAGCUGCAGCAACAGCAGCAACAAGGUGCUCAAGGAAAUGGUCAGUCUCCGGUUCAACAACCACUUUCCCAGCCUCCGCAUGGACCUCCCCAGGCCAAUGGCAACGUGCAGCAGUUUCCUGUCCAGCCCCACAACUCUAUGGCUGGAUCCAUGAUGGGGUCAUCCAACCAAGGCACUCCUAACGUGCAGAAUGCCAACUUGAUGGGCUCUGGCCCCAACAACAUGGUCAUGGGUGCACAAGCCCCAAACAACCAAAUACCCAAUAGACAGAAUGCUCCCCCGGUCCCCAACCAGGCAGCACAACAAUUGAUGUUCCAGCAAAACAACGGUACUGCCAAUGGAAACGGGACCAUUCCCGUACCUCGGAACCAAGCAGGUGCCAACUCUCAGGAAUCCGCUUUCACCGCACAGCAAUUUCAAUUGGUGAAAUCACAGUUCCAAGCAUUGAAGUACCUUUUAAAGAACCCUGGUCCCGGAACCCCUCAGAUACCUCAAAACCUCAUCGAGUUUGUGACCACAGAAAGAUCUGCUUUUCCAAAUGGACCAUAUCUUCCAUCCUUGGAACAGUCGCAACCUGGUCAGCCACAAGCACCCUCUGCUCAGCAAACUCCAAGUAUGGGCUCCCAGCAAAACAUUAACUUAUCUCAACAGGCACAAGGUAAGAUGAUGAACACUGCCCCAGUAGGCACGGGCCCCAUUACACCUUCCUAUGACUCAAACGGAAAGAACUUGAACAAGGGUUCUAAGUCUACUCCACUUCAAUCCCACGAAUCCAUGAAGCAACCAGUCAAGCCAAUAGAAUCAAUCCAACAAGGACAAUCUCCCUCAAUUUCACAGCAGGCUGCAGUUGACACAACAUCACUGGCCAAGACAUUCAGAGCUGUAUUGUAUAAGCCUGAACCUCCCAGAUCAUUGGAUAAGUUGAUUCCAGACAAGUCGGCCAAUAAAACAGUAGCAGUGCUACCUAUUUCGAAGGCUAAUGUCCAAGUGGAUACUUUCGAGUUACCAAACAUCCUUCGCGAAAGUGACAAGCAAAUCGCUUUCCAAGCACUAUAUGCCCCUCAGAGCCGUCUUCAGUGGCCAAGUUUGUCACCAGAAGGAAUUAAUAUGGAUGAUAUUGUCACCAAUAAGGAAGUGUUGAUGAUGAUUCAAAUGGAUGAAGAGUUAACUCAACUUCGCAAUAGAUUAAAUUCAAUGGAUGAAACUGAUGAACAGAGGGAAAAAAUAGAAGCUCAAAUAAUCAAAUUAGAGUUAGCUCCUUUCCAGAAACAAUUAAGAGGUAAAAUUUUGUCUCAGGUGUGGUUCAGCAAGUCUUUACUACCAAACUCCCAUCCUAAUUUCCUUGCAAAAUUCAAUACUUUGUCACUUGAAAAUGUCAGUGCAACUCACGACUUAUACACCCAUCAGUUACAGACUUUAGUGCAGGCAGAGAAUCAAAAACAUCAAAAGACUAUUAACCAAAUUUUACUGUCGAGGGAAAGGAGAUUCAAUAUCACCACCAAGAAGAAAGAAAAAUUAAAUCGUCUUAAUACUAAAAUUAAUAGUUUCCAUAACCAGACUGCAAGAGAAGAGCAGAAGAGGAUUGAAAAGAUGGCCAAACAACGUUUGCAGGCAUUGAAAUCUAACGAUGAGGAAGCUUAUUUGAAAUUAUUAGAUCAUACUAAGGAUACAAGAAUUACACAUUUGUUGAAGCAAACCAACCAAUUUUUGGACUCUUUAGCUCAAGCUGUUCAAUCUCAACAGAAGGAAUCUUCUGAAAAAUCUAAGACAGGCAGAAAUGUCAAGGAAGAUAGUCCAGAGGUUAAUGAUGAUGAGAAGAGAGAAAAGAUGGAUUACUACCAUGUUGCUCAUAGAAUAAAAGAAGAAGUUCAUAAGCAGCCAUCUAUCUUGGUUGGUGGUACCUUGAAGGAAUAUCAAUUGAAGGGUUUGCAAUGGAUGGUUUCCUUGUUUAACAAUCAUUUAAAUGGUAUUUUGGCAGAUGAGAUGGGUUUAGGUAAGACUAUUCAAACAAUCUCAUUAAUUACCUAUUUGGUCGAAGUUAAACAGAUAUCGGGUCCCUUUUUAGUGAUUGUGCCAUUGUCCACAUUAACAAAUUGGAAUUUAGAAUUUGAGAAAUGGGCACCAGCAGUCAAAAAGAUCACUUAUAAGGGUACUCCAAAUCAACGUAAAAUCAUGCAACAAGAUAUAAGGAUGGGUAAUUUCCAAAUCUUAUUGACGACAUUCGAAUACAUCAUCAAGGAUAAAGCCUUGUUGUCCAGAGUGAAAUGGGUCCAUAUGAUAAUCGAUGAAGGUCAUCGUAUGAAGAAUGCCAACUCUAAGUUGUCCGAGACUUUGACCCACAGCUACCAUAGUGACUACCGUUUGAUUUUGACGGGUACUCCUUUGCAGAAUAAUUUACCUGAAUUGUGGGCACUUUUGAAUUUCGUCUUGCCAAAAAUUUUCAACUCUGUUAAGUCUUUUGACGAAUGGUUUAAUACUCCAUUUUCGAACACGGGUGGUCAAGAUAAGAUAGAAUUGAGCGAAGAAGAAACUUUAUUGGUCAUUAGAAGAUUGCAUAAAGUCUUAAGGCCGUUCCUUUUGAGAAGAUUGAAGAAAGAUGUCGAGAAGGAUUUACCUAACAAGGUUGAGAAGGUUGUCAAGUGUAAAAUGUCUGCCCUUCAAUCCAAAUUAUACCAGCAAAUGUUGAAACAUAACAUUUUGUUUGCAAGUGAGACUUUAACAAGUACUGAGCCAAUCAUGAUCAAAAAUGCUAACAACCAAAUCAUGCAACUCAGAAAAAUUUGUAACCAUCCAUUUGUAUAUGAAGAAGUUGAAAAUUUAAUCAACCCUACAGUGGAAACUAAUGACAUUAUUUGGAGGGUUGCGGGUAAAUUUGAACUUUUGGAUAAGAUUUUGCCAAAGUUCAAGUUGACAGGACACAGAGUAUUGAUUUUCUUUCAAAUGACACAAAUUAUGGACAUCAUGGAAGAUUUCUUAAGAUUACGUGGAAUGAAGUAUAUGAGAUUGGAUGGUGGGACUAAGGCGGAUGAUAGAACUUCUUUGUUGAAAUUGUUUAAUGCCCCAGACUCCGAGUAUUUCUGUUUCCUAUUAUCAACCAGAGCAGGUGGUUUGGGUCUUAACUUGCAAACAGCAGAUACCGUCAUUAUUUUUGACACUGACUGGAACCCUCAUCAAGAUUUACAAGCUCAAGAUAGAGCGCAUCGUAUCGGUCAAAAGAAUGAGGUAAGAAUUCUUAGGUUAAUUACGGAAGAUUCUAUUGAGGAAAUGAUCUUAGAAAGAGCUCAUGCGAAGUUGGAAAUUGAUGGUAAGGUUAUCCAAGCUGGUAAAUUCGAUAACAAGUCCACUUCAGAAGAACAAGAAGCAAUGUUGAGAGCCUUGUUGGACAAGGAAGAAGAGCGUAAACAUAAGGGUAGCGGUAGCGAUGAUGAGGACUUGGAUGAUGAUGAAUUGAAUAGAGUCAUCGCUAGAAAUGAAGCUGAAUUAGAGACAUUUAGAAGACUCGACGAAGAAAGAGCCGUUGCUACCAGAGAAGCUGCUUAUCCAAGCAGAUUGUUUGCUGAUUCUGAAUUACCUUAUGUCUAUAAACAAAAUCCAGAAGACUUCUUGAAGAAGGAUAUUGUUCUUGAGGAUUACGGAAGAGGUAAUAGAGAGCGUAAAACCAUGAGUUAUGACGACAAUUUGACUGAAGAGCAAUGGUUGAAGAAAAUCGACGGUGUUGUUUCUGAUGCAAGUGAUGAUGAGGGUGAACUGAAGCCAAAAAGAAAAAGAAUUCGCCCAAAGAAGAAGGCAGUUGAAGAUGAACAAUUCAGUCAGGACGAGGACUUCGAAAGUAACCCCAGUGGUAAGAGAUCAGCAGAUAGAGAAGAUCUGGUCGAACCCUCAAGCAAGAGGCAAAAAUCGGCCACUCCUAAGUCACAAGCAUCUAAAGCCAAACCUAGAAACCGUAAGGGACGUGGGGCUAGAUCUAUUUUAUACAGAUCGACUCCAACUAUUGAUCCUUUACUGCCAGAAGAACGAACCAACUUGCAAGAAGUUAUUGAAGGAAUUUUCAAUUUGAUUAUGUCUUACCAAAAUGAGCAUGGUAGAACUUUAAGUGACUUGUUUUUGGUUAAACCAUCUAGAAAGCUUUAUCCAGACUACUAUGUCUUGAUCAAAAAUCCAAUUGCUUUAGACACAGUCAAGAAGAGAAUGAACUCAAAUACUUACACCUCGAUUAGAGAAGCUUUGGAAGAUUUGCAUUUGAUGUUUACCAAUGCCAAAAUCUACAACGAAGAAGGUUCUAUUGUUUACCAGGAUGCUGCAGCAUUAGAGCAGAUGGCAUUCGAUAGGUUCAAAGAAUUGACUUCUGAUCUCACGGAGGAAGAAAAGAAUAAGUUGAUUGAUUUUGCCGAUUUUGAUGAAGCACUUGGGUUGAAACCAUUGGCAGUUAACUCCGCUGUAAAGCGCCCCGUUGAGAAUCACUUGGCUAGGCUUGACAAUGGAGAAGAGCUUGACUCAUCGUUAUUGGGAUUAACUUCCAAUGCUGAUACUGAAAAUACUACAAGAACUGGUCCUUAG